CUCACAUUUGACAAUCAGCUGCCGUAAUUCGUAACAGCUGUUUGUUUAUUUAAUCGAAGGAGGAAAAAAAACUUAUUGAUUGUAGUGUGGUUCUGUUUGUGUUGUUUAAUAAUCAACUUCAAAAUGGCUGCUGUCAAAACUUUACGCGGUUUAUUGGCAGAACUUCGUGCCGCCUCUCCAAAUGGCUGUAUAAAGAACAACCUGGCCUCCCGUUACAUUUUGGCUCAAUACAAAAAAUUCCAAACCACAGAUCAACAACUGUGCAAGGCCCGCGAUGAAGCUUUGUCUUUGGCACAGACCUAUCAAACCUAUUUGUCCAGCAUUCGUAAAUACAAUGAACUGUACAAGGAGUUUCAUGGCCGAGGCGAAAGAACUGUGCGAGAAACUGCCGAUAUGGUUGGUUUCAAAUUGCCACAUGACCCAAAGGACUAAUGUGUGAGGGAGCAGUUUAAAUUUGAGGCCGAAACUGUUUACAUCGUAUUGAUAGAUUAUAGCUCAUAGUUGUUGUGUUAAAGCGAAUAAAAAAUAAAAUGUUGAUUUAAUCGAAAUGGAAA